UACCCAGCAGCCCAAGCGCCCGGCCGUGAGGAAGAUGGCGGCCAGAGCCCCGGUUUCAGCGUCUAGCCGAUGGCUGGAUGGCAUUCGCAAAUGGUACUACAAUGCUGCAGGAUUCAACAAACUCGGAUUAAUGCGAGAUGACACGAUAAAUGAGACUGCGGAUGUUAAAGAGGCCAUAAGGCGACUUCCAGAGAAUCUUUAUAAUGAUCGGAUAUUUCGAAUCAAGAGAGCCCUUGAUCUCUCCCUGAAGCAUCAGAUCCUGCCUAAAGAGCAGUGGACAAAAUACGAGGAGGAUAAAUUCUACCUUGAACCAUAUCUGAAAGAGGUUAUUCGUGAAAGAAAGGAGAGGGAAGAGUGGAACAAGAAAUAAUUCUGUUAUAAGGAACCCGUGGAAGCUGGGGAUCUGUACGACCUGCUGACCUGUAUUUUUGUGAAAGUGUGGUGAUGCUAGGCAUCUUUGAAGGAAAACCUGACUAACAGACCAUUUGUAACAAGUUGCUACAGAUGUGUGUGCUAUCCAAAUAAACGUCUAUUAUAAAAUCUUAA